UUUUUUGGUUGUUUUGAUGAUGUUGUUUGUCAUCUAAUUAGAUUACUAAAUGUGAUUGGAGAAUAAGUGAAUAACCAUUCUUUUCUUUUUUUUUGUGUGUGAGGCAAGGGCAGAAAAACUGCAUUACAAACUUACAGUCCCAUUUAAUUGGUGUCAUCUCUAGAUGGACACGAACUGGACCCAACCAGUCCGAUAGGGGUUGUACGGCCUGGUGAGCAAACUACACCGCCUGGUGAGCAAACUACAUCAGGCAUACUGGAUGGUAAACAACUUGGUUCCAAAUAGUACGAGGCGCUAAGCCUACUGCUUGGUAUUUGUAUUUCUUUUUUAUUUUUUUAAAUGAUGGCUGUCAGACAACUGGUUUUUUAUGGUUGUAUCUCUUUCUUUUUCUCCUUUUUCACCUUCCCCUUGCUGUGUUACCCGCCACCACCUCCUCCUACCAAUUCACCGCUGUCUGCUCUUCCGUUGCAUCACUGCCACCAUAUCAUUUUCCUCCUCCUCUUGUUCUGCCCCUCUUCCUCUUCCUCCUCUUGCUCUGUGUCUUCCUCCUCCAGCCAGACCCAUACUGGUCGGCAUGGGAGUGAACCAACACAUGGUAUGCCUGAUUGUACCUGUACCAUAUUGGUCCACCCAGGGUGCAGUAUUAAUAUGAGACCGUGUUCUAAAAUCUUGCUUGAAAUUUUUAGGGUAUCUUCUACUUUGGGUACUAAUGCUUAACUUGGUAAUAUGUUGAUGUUCUCUUCCAUUUUUUCUUACUGAAAUCAGUUUUGGAUAUGCUUGUCUGGACGCACAGACAUGAUUCCUUCCAGAACGUUGUAUUGUUUUUAUCACAUAACUUACUUUCCUUGCCAAUUAUUCAUGCUUGCUUCUUGAUUCAUAAGAUGUGAUGAUGUUUAGGUGUACUGCAUCUUGUGCACAUAUUUUGUUUUUAAGCUUUUCCAUAGAAUCCAUCAUAUGCAUAGAGAAGGUUAGUUAAUUUUAUUAACAUCUUAUUCUCUAUCACUAUCAUGGCCUAUCUUGAGAAUUGAAAUACGCUGGUGAUUUUGUUUUCUUAUGUUACCAUGCUAAUAACUGUUGUAGGCUAUUUUGUUUUCUCAUAUCAUCUUAUCAUCAAUUCCAUUGUGUCUUUCGUUUUUAUUUAUUGAUUUUUUUCUUCCGUUGGCAGAUCUCUAUCCUUUCUCACUUAGUGACACCAAAAUGGAUAUUUGGGAAAUGUAAGGUGGAUUAAGGGGAGCAUAAUUUAACAUCUUAGUCAUGCAAAUGCCAGCUAGCAGUGGGUACUAGCACUGGUGUGGACAGUGGGCACAGGUGCGCGGCAGUAUCUUGCCUAUCUUCAGAUGUGGGCAUGUUACUGGCACAUUCAUGGCAUUACCAGCACAUGCCAUCCAGCUAAACGCUGACAUGAUGUUGAAGAUGGUCACACCUUGCAUCUGGUUGUUAGACAACCACAUCAGUCCACGCCAUCACCAUCAACAGGUCAGAUGGGACAUGAAGGUGCAUCAGGCCAGUCAGAUGCUUCUCGUAAUCAUGGUAGUCAAUCAACUCGUACCUUAGUAUUUGAGACUGUUAAUAUUGGUCAAGGUGAUCAUCGUACUCAACUUUCUCAGAUUAUAUCCAGCAUCUUAAAUGCUGUUGCGACAAGAAAUACCGGAUCCCAGACCUCAGGCCCCAAUCUUAGGAAUUUGAGCGCAGGAGCAUCUGUUGAUUAUCCGGGUAUUGAGCUUGGUUCAGGGCAGGUUCCUAACCAAUUUCACUCUGCAGUUCCAUUGGUGUCUGAGCAGCCAACAGUAAUACCUGAUUCUUUGACCACUAUACAUCAGUAUUUGGGCUUCAUGAGGGAUGAGUUUACAAGGGAAGGCUUAAGUGCUAAUGGUGGGGAACACAGAAAUGAAGCAAGCGCUGCUUACAUGAACAAUGAUAGCCUUCAGUUUCACCAGUCUUUUAGUCCGGGUGGUCUACCUAGUCCAGCAUCUUUGGUAGAAGUACUGCUUUCUACAAGACAACUACUAAUGGAACAGGCUGAUGGUUACAUAUCUCAAUUUGCAAGAGGUCUAGAGGAUCAAGUAAAUUUGACUGAUCCUCUUGUGCGUUUAAGACUUCAAAACAGUGUGUUCAGAUCAGGAGUUCUGUUGCAAAAUUUAGGGUCCUUACUUCUAGAGCUGGGUCGCACAACAAUGACAUUGCGCUUGGGUCAAACACCAUCUGAAGCUGUAAUUAAUGCUGGACCAGCGGUUUUCAUCUCUGCAUCUGGUCCAAAUCCUGUGAUGGUUCAGCCUGUUCCUUUCUAUCCAGGAUCAAGUUUUAGUCCGCGUGUGGGAGCUACAUAUGCUGGUCAUGGUUCACAAGGUGAACCACUUGGUCCUUCAUUGGUUCCAGGAAAUAUCAGCAUACGUUUCCGUGCCGGUCGGCCAGUACCUGUUUCCCCUCAUAACCAAACUGAGCAGGGUGGACAACAACAGCAAGAAACCACAAAUCCAACAAGAAAUUCUUCUGCUGCAAAUGCUGCUCCUCAAGCAUUUUCAGGGGUUUCAAAUAAUGCAUCUCUUUCUGAAGAGUCUGGAGUAAGAGUGUUGCCUAUAAGAACAGUGGUUGCAGUACCUGGUGGAGUCAACCGCUCUACCUCUGAUCCAUCUGGUUCUAGUGCAGUUGGGCUAAUCUACCCUCUUCUAGCAAGGGUUCAGCAUGUUGCUACUGGGAGUCUGGAUGAUGCUAGGGGCACUGAAUCAUCUAAUGAGAUAAAUCACGAUGGCCAUAAUGCUGAAGAGCAAGCAAAUAUUGGAUCCACUAUGCAUGCACAAAACCUAGAAUCCACCAUUGGAAAUUUUAUUAAUGAUAUCGACAGCACGCCUGCAAAUGCCGUUCCUUUAUUUUCGGAGUUUAACCCCUCAGUAAAUGAAUCAGCUUCGUAUCAAGGGUCUUUAAGGGACUUCAUUAGUGCAGGCCAACAGGGGCCACCUUCCAGUAAUAGCACAAGUAACACCGAAGAGCUUGGCCAUAUUUCUCAGCUGGCGAGCAGAUUGGAUCAGUGGCUGCAGUCAAUUUUCCCUGGAGAGCAAGUUGUGGUUGGAAGCAGUAGUCAUCAGGAAAUGACUAGAAGUUCUGUCACAGAUCAAACAGACAUAGGUAGGAACUCCCAACCUGAGGAGCAUACGGGUGUAGGUGAGGAUGAAGGAGUAUUCUUUUCUAGGUUGGUGCGGAAUCUUAUGCCAUUCAUAUCUCAAGCGACAUCGGCAGGCCAAGAUGGAUCACCAACCAGUCAUGGUUCUUCGACAGCACAUGUUGCGGGGGAGAACUUGAAUGACUUGAGUAAUUCUCAAAGUCGUCGAGAUCCACCUGAGGCCCCUAGUUCCAAACGCACAAGGAGAGACUGAUUUAUUCCAAGAUUUGCACUCUGAAGAUAUUGACAAUGCUAGUGAAAAGCGAUCUCAUGGUUCAAUUGCCAACAUGUGAGAAUGUUGUAUUUGCCUCUCUGCGGGAUUUUCUAGUUAUUAUUGUUUUGCAGCAGUACAAGUUCAUAAGGAUGGUUUCCGGUGUCACAGACGAGAGAGACGAUCAGGGUUGGAGUAUCAAAAACGAAAGGAUUCAAGAUGAUGGCAAUUUCUUUGUUUUGCUAUAUUAUAUAUACUAUCGCUUUGUACCCAAAAGACUGUACAUUGAUUAUCAUAUUUAUAGUUUGUGGCAUGAACAUGGGGAGUUAUAUUCAAAUACUCUUCAAUAAAAGUAUUAUCAUUUGUCUGCCCA